AGUUGUUACGUUAGGGAAAGCUUUCCCUGGAGCAAGGAUGAAAGCUGCUAUGCUUAAGUUCACUUUGUGCUAUUCCUUGGCUCUCAACAGCCAAGAUCCCUUUCCAUCCAGCUGCAACACUUACAAAAACACCUACAUUGCUUUUUUCAUGUAACCCACCACCACAUACCAACAAACGCCUUUCGCCUCCAGGUAUUCCAGUCUCUUUUUAGCCCUUUCUCAGAAAAAAGCAUGGCAGAGAAUGCUAGAAGCACAGGAUUCUGCAGAGACUGUUGCCAGGAGGAAGAAGCUUUAGUAACUGUCACACUCAUUAUAUUGUGGAUGAAGAGAGAAGAUGGCCAGACUCAAUGACAAACAACCUCAAUACUGUUAGAAGGGAGAAAGACACAAGGAAUGACCACAUUUCUGAGACCAGAGUGAGAAACACGAUGAUCUCCCGUUCAACAGGGGUUACCCCUUAAGUGCUUGCUACUACCAGCAGCACCAAAUUACAAGCAUCUUCACAAGGAACCGAAGACCACUGCUUCUGGAAGUUCACCAUGAUACUUCCCACCACUCUAAGGAUACAGGUUCACCCUAGUCCAAGAAUCAAACCCUACCAAAAAAGAUGAAAAGAAGGGAAGGGAGAUGUGAGUCCUGCCUGGACCAACACAGAUUAAGGAAAGCAUCUAGGAGAAGAAACCCAAAGAGAAGAUUCUUGGAGUUCAUCAUCCAAUGUGAUCUCAUUACACUCAGCCCUGUCCUUCAACACACUCACAAUGGAGCCCUUUGAUCUCUUCCUUGGGUCAUGGACUGAUGAUGAUGGCUCAUAAACCAGAUCAACUGAUACAGUUUCUCACCCAAAUUCCCUCCUCCCAUGUGGUCCUCUCCUUCCUGCCCAAGGCUACUGACUGUAUGUACAGUGUAUGCUGAAAGCACACUCACUCCUGGAAGGUGACACCUCAUAGAAACCAUAGACACAGCUUCAUAGAUGAACGUUAUUAGAAGCUCUGCCAAUACCCUGGAAUAAACCUCCAGAAAGGGGGAUUUUCUGCCAAGAUUGCCUUCUUUCUCUAGCUGACACCUCAACCUCCAUGGCUACUGUUGGUCUCCUGGCAUCCUCUCCAACCAAUCCCAUCUGUUAGCUCAGAACCCGACCUUCACAUUGGCUGCUGCUCGUUUAUGACAUCAUUCUCCCUCCAACCCAACCUACCAACCCUGGUAGGUUCUUGGGGUUGCCAUGGCAAUGCCUGUAAACAAAUUUGGAUCAUCACAGGUCACCUGUGACCAGUGACCAGUAAGUGCUGUCUGAUACCGGACACACUUGCGACUCAGGUCAGCUGAUCAGACAAGGACAACCAAUUCUCUUGCUCCAUUGUACUGUGGAUUGCUGAUACUCUCCCUCUGAACAUGGCGGAAAAUUACCAAAGUGCACCUUUCUUUGGGACAGAAUGUGCCUUGCAGCCUUCUGCACCUGUGCUGAGGAAUGCCACGCCCUUAGCAGGAAGUGUGUGCAACUUCUCCAGGGUCUCCACCCCAGCUCUGAGUUCAGCAUGGCUCCUGCCAUCAGACUCCAGCACUUGUUGCCAGCAGCUCAUGGACAGUGCCUACCCCUACUUACCAGCUGGCACAACCAUGGUGACUGCACUGACUGACCAGGGCCAGAGCUCUGCCUCAGCACUCUCCUAUUUAGGUGUUCUCCAGUGGGAUCCCACGGGAGGCACUGACAGGAGGGGAGCUGCACUCCAGGACUUCACUGUAACUGUCAUUGACCAGAAUACCACAUUCUCCUCCUUGUCUAUGACAGCCCAGGGUGACAAUAUUUUAGAUCCCAAUUCCUUAGUCCUCUCGUAUCCAAUACUAUCUGCCAGCCUUGUUCAGGCCACACCACCACAGGUGUCAAAUCAAGGAUACAGCCUGGCACCUUCCUACCAGGAGGGCAGCCAGGUCUAUUACAAUGACGUCAACAGCCUGGGCCCUCUGAUGGCUGGAGAACUCAGGCAGUGCCUGCAGGCCUGUGGCUCUGUGUCCUACUCUGGGGGUCAGGCCUCUGCCCUGCAACCUGGGAUGGUGGUGAUGCCAAAGGAGAUUCAGCCAAUGAAUGUCCAAACACCCUUCACCACCUCUGCCAUCUACUAUCCCACACCUGCUCAAGACAUGCCAGACACCAGUCUUCAAGUGGUGAAAAUGGAGACAACCCUGGGAUUGACAGCUUCAGGCCAGACACUCUGUCUGCUGCAGAGUCCAGACCUCUGCAAUGCCUGCACCCAGGAUGUCCAGAAGACACCACCUGUCCAUGGGGACUGGUCAUUAACUGCCCCCAUUGACAGUUUUUUGGAAUUCCUGCCCUUGCCUCCUGCUCUGAGCUUGGAACAAACAGAGAAUAAUGACUUGGAUUUGAUGACAGCUGAUCUGUCAACUCCUCUGUAUGCCUAUGAGGGCAUAAAAGAAAGCCAAGAUCCAUCACUUCUCCCUUUAGCACAUGCCAACAUGCAGCAGGCCCUGAACUCCACUGAUUCAGGGAACCUAAAACAGAAGCUUUCUCCUGACAAUGCCACCUUGGGAAGCAGCAGCCUUGGUCAGGAUGAACCUGGGGUGCUGCAGAGUGUGAUGGGCUCCAGCAUGGACUUUGCAGACAUGACUACACUGGUGGCAGAUAUUCACCUUCCCCGACUCUUCAACUCAAUCACUGAAAUGAACCAAUUCCAAGAUCCCACAGCAACCCAAUCCAAAGACACCAGGAGGGAUCAGGCCCAGGAAAGCUCCAGCAUAAUCAGUGUAUCUGUGAACCAAGUGAGAAAAAAUAGCCAGAAAUCCUCUGAGAUGCUUGAUGGGUCUCCUCAGGCCAGAAUCCAGCUCCAGGGCCUGGUGGAGGAAGAAGAGGCUGUGGGCAGUGCUGGGUCCAGUGAAGGGGCUAUUGACAACAUGCCUAAGCACUUGGAGGGCAAAGCUCAGAAAACCACACCUAACAUGCCCAGCAGAGCUAGGGCUCAGGGGCAAGACAAGACAAAGAGAACCAGAGAAAACAACUCCAAGAAAACAGAGGAGCUGAAGCAGUCAAGAAACAUAGUCAAGGCAGAAGAAAACACAACCAUGCCAAAGAACAAGAGGAAGAGGAAUCCUCCGGAGCUCAGCCACAACAGCUUUAAAAAGCCUCGAACUCAUCUCGGCAUGCACAUGCUAGAAUCCGUGCAAGUCUUUCACCCGCUGGGGAAGAAGAGUGAGAAGAAAACUGGCAUCUCCUCCUCCCAGGCUCGGCUAAACCUCAGCAAAAACAAAGAUCCCAGGACAGGCCCAGCCACCACAUCCCUUCUUGAUGUGCCAAGUGAUGGCCGGGGCCCUGGUAAAACCCCGAGCAAUGCUCAGAGACCAGAGAGCAAUGCUCACAGGGAGUGUCCAUCUCCAUCCCAGUAUGAGCUGCCCCCACCUGGGAAGGUCAAGUUAGUACCUCUGCCUUUUCCAGCCCUGGACAAGCCACAAGCCAGACUGGUUUCUAGAAAGCCUCUCUCCCUGGCUUCACACAGGCCCCCUGCAGUAUACCCUGCGAGGCCUCAUUCCCACUCGGCUCAGCCUACCACACUCAAGCCAUCUAAACCAGCUCCUGCCAGCACUUCUUUGAUGGCCUCUGACAAGCCAGCUCUGCCUAUUGCUACCAGGGACACACGAGCUAACAUAACCAACCCCAUCCAGUCUUGCCCUGGGCCUCAGCCAGCUGUCUGUAGGCCAUUAUCCUACAGGGCAUCAUCUCACCCUUCACUACAGAGGGAGCUUGACUCUUCUAACAAGAACAAGGCCCCAUCAACCCCCAAACCUCAAAUCCAAUAUCUACUACAAGACUUCAGCCACCAACCUAUUCCAUGGAGGAAAGUCCACAUUCCAGGGCCAGUCAUCUCACAGCCCAUCACAGAAGAGCAGAGACCAGAGAGGGAGGCCAUGAAGAGGCAGGCUCAACGGGAGAGAGAGAAUGCUGCCAAGUUCACCUCUCUGGGAAAACCACAGCUCUUCCUUCAGAAGCAGAAGGAUAUGGAAAUUUCUACAUAUUUUGGCUAUGUCAUGUAAGGGCUACCCUAGACUUUGGAACACAGUACUAUUCAACACAGAUAAGGUAAUAGAGACACAUAUACAUGAAUACAUUGGAUUUAAAGACUUGGACGAAUGUGUAAAUAUGUACGUAUAUAUUGAGCUAAUGUGACUAAUAAGUACAUCACAGGAUUUAUAGAAAAAUGGUCAGACAUAGUUUCUAUACUUGUAAAUAUCUGAAGACACUAAAAGUGACUGGAGAAAUUAAAGUCAGUUAUAUUUUAUCCAUGAGUAAGUAUAUAUAGAGGGUUUUGCUUGUUUCUUUGUACCUUUGCUGUUAUUCACGUAUGUUGUCGAUAUAGUAAUAUAUGUUACAUAAAUACAUCAUAUGAUAUAAGUCCCCUGGUAGUGUUAUUUAAGGUAAAAGUAAUUAGCCAAAACUUGUAGUGGUAAUAAAAUUAUUCUUCUUGACUUUUAUUUUUAAAUAAAAUAAAAGUCUUUGAACUUGGUAUGUUUCCUAUAGUGUAUACGGUUAUAGUUAACACACUCCUGUUCUCACCACACUUCCUCCCAUUUUGAAACUCUCACCCCAGCCCUUUAAUUAUUACUAGUCUGAGACAGAGCUCCUCCUGAAGUUUCAUGAAAUGAAAUACAGGAUUCCAUGUGCACAACAUCAAGCACCCACCAUAAAGAGAAAAUACACAAGGUUAACCAAUUUCCUGAGUAGGGUCUCAUUUGAUUACUGUUUGUCUCAAGUUUUAUCCAUCUUUGAAAUCACCCACUAAUACUUUAUUUUGUGUUUGUGUGUUUGUUUGUCGUCCACCUGAAUUCCUGUGGAACACAUGUGUGGAGUGCCCACAGAGGCCAGAAGAGGCCAUCGGAUCUCUGAGGUCUAUAACCAAUAGAGACUGAAAGCCUCCAGGAGGUGUUCUGGAGUAAGCCUGGGGAUACUUCCAGAAAAGCAAGUGUUCUUAUCUACUUAACCAUCUCAUGAGCCUCAUUUGAACCCACAUGACUGCAAACAACAUGACUUCAUUUUCCCUCUGGCUGAAAUGACUUCACGUUCUACAAACAUCCCAUUUUCUUCACCCAUGGCAAUGCUGUUGGACACCGUGCUUGGUUUCCUAAUAUUCUUGAAAAGGUUCUGCAGUCAACGCUGAUGGGCAAUUUCUUGAGACAGGUUCUCUCUCCAUGACCCUGCAUGUUCAGGAACUAACUAUGUUGAUCAGGCUAGCCUUGAACUCACAAACUUCAGCCUGCCUCUACCUGAUACUAUCUCUGACUCUGCCUAUGACUCUGUGACUGCCUCUGCAAUUGCCAUGGUACUGAUCCUGCCUCAAGAGUGUUGAGACUAAAGGAAUGCUCCCACAAACUAAAUGGAAUCAAGUUUCUUUCUAUCUAUGUGGAUAUCCAGGUUUCCCAGCAUGUGAUCAAGAGGCCAUGUGUAAGCAAAGUGGUGGAAAGGGAGACUUCCCUGGGAAUCACACAACAAGCCAGAGACUCCCUCAGCUGCAGAACAGAAAGAACUCUGCUACUCCUACACCCUGGAUUACCAGAUGAGGACACCACCUGUUGAUGGGGACAAUACAUUACCUACCCCAACUACAAUCUUCAGAAUUUCUCGAAUUGCUUCAAGCUCCAUGACUGGAACAAACAGAGAAUGACAACCUGCACGAGAUGGCAGCAAAUCUUUCAAUGCCUCUGGGAUGCCUAUGAGUGCAUGAAAGAAAACCAAGACCCAUCUCUCCUCCCUUUAGCACACCCCGACAUGAAGCAUCCCUUGCACUUCACUCAUGCUGGGAGCCUAGGGCAGAAGCUUGCUUCUAACAAUGCCACAUUGGAGGCAGCCGUCUUGGUCAGGAUGAGCCUGGGACAUGCACAGUGUGUUGGCCUCCAGCAUAGACUUGCAGACAUGACUACACUGGUGGCAGAAGUUCACCUUCCCAACUGCUCAACUCCCUCUCUGAACUAAACCAAUUCCAGGUUCCCACAGCCACCCAAUGCAAAGGCUCCAUAGUCAUCAGGAGCGAUCAGACCCAGUAAAGAUAAAGUGUUUUCAGCACACCCUUAAACCAGCUGAGGAAGAAGGAAGAACAAAUCCCUAAUCUGCUUGAUGGAGAUUCUCUGGCCAGAAUCUAGUCUCAGGACCUGGUCAAGGGACAGAGCCUUGGAACAGUGCUGUGCCUAGAGAAGGUGAUAUUGACAACAUCACCCAGCAUAUAGAGGGCAAAGUUCAGAAAGCCACACUCUGCAGGCACAGCAGACCUGUGAAUCAUAAAAGACAAGACCAAGAGUAUUAGAGAUAUCAACUCCAAGAAAGCUGAAAGAGUUGAUGCUAUUAAGUCACAGAGUCAAGACAGAAGACAAUCCCACUGUCCUCAACAACAAGAGGAAGUUCAGUCAACCUGAGCUCAGCAAUGAUGGGUUUAAAAAGCCUCAAAACCACCUCAGCAUGCACAUGCUGGUGUCUGUGAAGGUCUGUCACUCACUGUGGAAGAAGGGAGAGAAGAAAACUGGCCAUCUCCUGAACCUUCAACUCUUUGUGCUACUCUGUGCUCUAAUAGUAACAGAGUUUAUUACACUUUGGUCUCUGGGGCAUUUGCCAUUAUCUUUUUCCAAGAUUACAUAUAGCAAGCAGAAUUCAUUUAUUUAUUAAGUCACUUUGAGUUUAUUAAACUGGGACCCACUCCAUAGUCCAGCAUCUCCUAGGACUGACUACAUCGAACAAGCAAUCAUUGAACUCACCAAGAUCUGCCUGCCUCCCCCUCUGCCUCAACCACCAUCUCAGCCUCUGCCUCCCCCACUGCCUCCACAUCUGCACACUCCUCAGCCACUGCCUCAAGAUUGUUGACAUGAAAGGAAUUCUCCAACAAGCAAGGUGGAAUCAAGGUUCUUUCUGUAAGGUGCAUAACCAUGUUUCAGUGCAUGAUUUGAUGAAGAGGCCAAGUGUACUCCAGGUUACAUUUUUGGUACAUACCUAAAAUCCAAAGAGACAAAAGCACAUGUUUUUAGAGUGCAACUUCACUCAGAAUCAUUUGUUUUUCUGACAAUCUGCCAUGUUUCAGUUGUAGGCUGCACUUGCAACAAAGCCUGUGAAGCACAAACCUCAUAUGAGGUAUGCUCAUGCAAUCCUGUGUAUUUUCUUUCUUUUGUAGUAAAGUUAUGAUUACUUUCCUACUUCUAGGAAGUGGAGCAUCUCAGGAAUUGUAUUCAUCCUCUCCAUAGAGUUUCUUGAUGCAUCUUUCUUCACAAUAUCUAACCCCCAACUACUGUGUAUGCCCCAAAUUGUUCAUUCUAACAAGGGCUAUGUCCAGUCUAACUCACCUAGAAAAUGUUAACAAACCAGCAUGAAAAGAUCCAACUUCCUGAAUGCAAUGAUCCUCACAGGGACAAAUUUGAGUACAGCAGAACGAUGGAAAGCAAUGGCUUAGGGAGGCCUCUGGUUUUAUCACUCCCUGUGUGUGGCUCAAUGACAGAUUUGCACACUGCCAUGAGACUACUGUCUUCAUCUCACACCUUAGGAGCAGCAGAAACACAUUUGGAUGGAUAUCUUCUAAACUUGAUAUUAUUAUUUUAAGCUUUAUGUAUUCAAACUAAGGGUCUUGUAAAAUAAUCCUUAUUUAAGAAGUUCAGGAAGCAUUUUUCAUAUUAAAGCAAUUCACACAA